ACUUGUACUUGUAAAGGUUGGAAAAAUUAUAAUUUUAAUUAAAAAGAUCUCACAAAUCGUCCUAUUCAUAAAAAAAGGGGCAAUAAAUUAUGCUCUAUGAAAUUAAGCUAUAAAUAAGAGCUAUAUUGUGAAGGCAAUCGCCCAAUCGCGGUUAUCACUAUCGACAACGGGUCACCUCUAACACAUCUGUUUGCGAAAAAAUUAAAUUGUUUAGUUUUUGCUAAAUUAGCUGGAAAAAAUGAAUCUGAUAAGUGGUAUAAAGCUGUACAUCGAUAAGAUGUGCUCCGAAUCGGGGCCGGGCAUGAAAAUCAUCCUGCUGGACAAGGAGACGACCAGUAUCAUCUCGAUGGCCUUUAGCCAGUCGGACAUGCUGCAACGGGAGGUGUACCUGUUCGAGCGACUAGAUUCUGGAAGGUCCAACGAGCGGCUGAAGUACCUCAAGUGCAUCGUCUUCAUCCGGCCCACCAAGCAGAACAUUCAGUUGCUGGCUAACGAGCUCCGGAAUCCAAAAUAUAGUGCCUACUAUAUAUAUUUCAGCAACAUUAUACCCAGAACGGAUAUCAAAUACUUGGCGGAGUGCGACGAAUCCGAGUCGGUGCGGGAGGUGAAGGAAUUGUAUGCGGACUAUCUAUGCGUAAACCCCAAUUUGUUCUCCCUCAACAUACCGCACUGCAUGGCGAACCUUAACUGGUUGCCGGAUGCACUGACCCACAGCAUGCAAGGCAUUACUGCGGUACUGCUUUCCCUGAAGCUGAACCCUGUGAUCCGGUACCGAGCCGGUUCCCAGGCCGCCCAGCUACUGGCCAAGCUAAUCUACGAGCAGAUCACCAAGGAAUCGAGCCUGUUCGACUUUCGUUCUAAUAUUGAUGGCGCCGCUCCUCCAUUGUUGCUUAUUCUGGAUCGAAGGGACGACCCAGUGACGCCGCUAUUGCAUCAGUGGACGUAUCAGGCGAUGGUGCACGAGUUGCUCCAAAUCAAUAACAACCGUGUGGACCUCUCCAACCGACCCAACGUACCCAAGGACUUUAAGGAGCUGGUUUUGUCUGGUGAUCAGGAUGAUUUCUAUGGCAACAACAUGUACGCUAACUACGGCGAGAUCGGAUCUACCAUUAAGCAACUGAUGGAGGAGUUCCAGCGCAAGGCGAACGACCACAAGAAGGUAGAGAGCAUAGCGGACAUGAAGAACUUCAUCGAAUCGUAUCCGCAGUUCAAGAAGAUGUCCGGCACGGUACAAAAGCAUCUGUGCGUCAUCGGCGAACUUUCCGCGCUAAGCAAUAAGCGCAAUCUGUUUGAAGUCUCCGAGUUGGAGCAGGAGAUGGCUUGCAAAGCGGAGCACUCGGCCCAGCUGCAGCGAAUAAAGAAGCUGAUAGCAGACGAAAGGGUCUCCGUAGAGGAUGCCCUUAAGCUGGUGGCUCUCUAUGCGCUGAGGUACGAACGGCACGCCAACUGCGACACAUCCGGACUGCUGCAGAUUAUAAAGACGCGUGGCGGACGAGCUGCAGUGGUGCCAGCUCUGAUCGAGUAUGCUGGAACCCAUGUGCCAGGGGAUCUUUUCAACAUGGUGCGAAUUACGGACGCCGUAAAGCUGACGCGCAAUCUAAUCAAGGGUCUCAAGGGCGUGGAGAACGUCUUCACCCAACACACUCCGCUGCUGAAGGAGUCCCUCGAGGAUGUGUUUAAGGGUCGCGAACUGGAUCCCCUAUAUCCAGCCAUCAAUUCAGAGCUCGUGCCAUUCCGGAGACCCCCGCAGGAGGUGGUGGUCUUCAUCAUUGGCGGCGCCACCUAUGAGGAGGCUUUAGCCGUACACCAACUGAACAAUGCCGGCUACAGGGUCAUCUUGGGUGGCACCACCAUUCACAAUUCCCAGACCUUUAUCAGCGAGGUUCUGGCCGCCACCAAUGGCAUCCAAUUUAAGCAUACCAAAUCCAUGAUAAAGUACUGUUCCACUGAUAAUAUCUAAGACACAAAGUGACUAGCAACAAUUGUAUUGUUAUCUAUUUAUUAAUUAUCCCUUUAUGUGCAUAAUCCAUUUACUAAUCGAUGUAAUCAGUAUGCAGUUUCGAUAAGAAAUUUAUAACAUUGGAGUUUAUCGGUUAAAUAACUUUGUACAACCUUUGAUUAUAACAAAAGCUGGUGGACACGGAUUUUCCGAGACAUAAAGUACCGCUUUUAAGAAAUUUAAACCUGUAAUUGACUAGGGGUUCGGAAAAUGAGAGAAAACGUAUAUUUCUUUAGCUGAUUCCAUGUAAUAUAACCAUUUAAUCCAUUGGACCACUUCCUUUUUAAGAGUAUUCCAUGUAAUAUAUAUGUGUAAAUGUAUUUAUUUGUGUUGUCCUGGAAGGGAUCUCAGGGCAACGGCUAAACGCGAAAUAUAUUUCGAUAUAAAUAUGAA